GGCCGUUGGAAGUGGUGAAGUUGUGAUAUCGCCGCGAAUGAAUGCCGACGGAGUUUCCAUGGAGGAGAAUAAUCCAGGUGAAUCCAUUGAAGAGCAGACAAUAAAUGGAGUGCUGGAUCCAUCGCCGAGCGCAAAGAUUGUCCAGUGGAAAGUCCUCCUCCACCAGAUUGGACUGGAUGUAGUUCGCACGGAUAGAGUUUUAGAGUUUUACGAGGAUCCCAAGAACUUGGGAAAGCUCUGGGACAUCCUGGCCGUGUACGCUUGGAUCGACGAGGAGGUUGGCUACUGUCAAGGUAUGAGCGAUCUUUGCUCGCCGAUGGUGCUCCUUUUCCCGGACGAGGCUGACGCCUUUUGGUGCUUCAAGUGCCUGAUGCGUCGAGUGGUGCACGAAUAAGAUGAUGGGGGUUCAGAAGGAGCUCUCCUUCCUCGCAGCUGCCAUG